AUGGCUUCGUCGGUGCCGGCGCCAUCGGGGUCGGUGAUCACCGUGGCAUCGUCUUCUUCCUCAGCAGCCGCGGCUGCGGUGUGUGGCACGGGCUCGCCAUGCGCUGCGUGCAAGUUCCUGCGCCGCAAGUGCCAGCCGGACUGCGUGUUCGCGCCCUACUUCCCACCGGACAACCCGCAGAAGUUCGUGCACGUGCACCGUGUCUUUGGCGCCAGCAACGUGACCAAGCUGCUGAACGAGCUCCACCCCUUCCAGCGCGAGGACGCCGUGAACUCGCUCGCCUACGAGGCCGACAUGCGCCUCCGCGACCCCGUCUACGGCUGCGUUGGCGUCAUUUCCAUCCUCCAGCACAACCUACGCCAGCUCCAGAAGGACCUCGCCCUCGCCAAGUACGAGCUCUCCAAGUAUCAGGUGAUGCGGCAGCGGCAGCUUCUGCGUCCACCCGCCGACCGGGCCGCAGGCGAUGGCAGAGUUCAUCGGCAACGCGAUGCCGAACGGUGCGCACAACUUCAUCAACAUUGGACACUCGGCGGCGCUGGGCUCCUCGGAGGCUCCGCCACCGUGUUCGGGCAGGAGCAGUUCGCCAACGCGCAGAUGCUGUCCAGGAGCUACGAGGGCGAGCCCAUCGCGAGGCUGGGGAUCAACGGCGGCUACGAGUUCGGGUACUCGACCGCGAUGGGCGGGUCUGGCGCUGUUGUCUCUGGCCUCGGGACGCUCGGCAUCAGCCCGUUCUUGAAGUCCGGUACCGCCGGCGGCGACGAGAAGCCCAGCGGCGGUCAGUAG